GGUGGUGCUCAGCUGCACACGGCAGCGCGUGAGUGAGUGUGAGUCCAUCCUCCGGUUGAACUUUUUCCUCCAAAUUCAGUAAUCUGACACCGACACUAACCCCAAAAAGCAGAGGAUGGAUUCCCAACUUCAUUCGCAAUAAUAGCUCAGCCAGAGCAGACGAGAAAACACGACCGAGCUGGGGGCGAACAUCUGAACGCGCGUGCAGCAGUCUGUGAAGUGACUUUAGCUUUUGUUUAAAUGUUGACUAAAAAGUUUUUAUCUAAAGAGGCGGAUGGGUGACGACCAUUCUCGGCGCUUCCAUGUGAGGAGACGAUGAAGAAUUACAGCAGCAGUCCCCGUCUAAACAACCACAGCGCGAGUCACAGCACGGGUCACAGCGCGGGUCGGAACAGCAGGAACAGAUUCUGGUUGUCGGCUCUCGGGCUUCGCUUCUCUCUGCGCGAUUAUGGUUUCUGCAUGGCCACACUGCUGCUCUUCUGUCUCGGCUCACUGUUUUACCAGCUGAACGGAGGACCCCCUAAAGUUCUGCUGGAGAUCAGGCAGUAUCUCGGAGAAUCCACUUUUGUUGACGACCACGGGCCUCCUACACCAAGGGAGCUGCCAUUCCCAAGUCAGGUGAUCUACAACAGGGUUGGCAAGUGUGGAAGUCGAACGGUCGUCCUGCUGCUGAGGAUUCUGGCAGACAAGCAUCAGUUUAACCUGGUUUCCUCUGACAUCCAUAACAAAACAAGACUCACAAAGCAUGAGCAGGUGGAUUUGAUGAGAAAUAUUAGCACUAUUCCGCAGCCUUUUCUGUACACCAGACAUGUUCACUUUCUCAAUUUCACAAGAUUUAGGAUAGAACAGCCUGUCUACAUAAACAUCAUCAGGGAUCCCAUUAACCGUUUCCUCUCCAAUUACUUUUUUCGUCGUUUUGGGGACUGGAGAGGAGAGCAGAAUCACUUGAUCCGCACACCCCAGAUGAAAGAUGACGAGAGAUAUCUGGACAUUAAUGUUUGCAUCAUGGAGAACUACCCAGAGUGCUCUAACCCGCGUCUCUUCUACAUCGUUCCAUACUUUUGUGGACAACACCCUCAGUGCAGGGAGCCAGGUGUUUGGGCUGUGGAGAGGGCCAAACAAAACGUUAUAGAGAACUUCCUACUGGUGGGAAUUCUGGAAGAGUUGGAGGACGUGUUGCUCCUUCUGGAGAGACUCCUACCUCACUACUUCAGUGAUGUCCUAAACAUCUACAAGAGUCCAGAAUUUUGGAAGAUGGGGAACCUUACAGGCACAGUAAAGAAGCACAUGCCCACUCUAGAGGCCCUGCAGGUGCUUUACCAAAGGAUGAAGUAUGAGUAUGACUUUUACAACUUCAUUCGUGACCAGUUCCAUCUCACCAAGAAGAAGAUCGGCCUUAAAUCCACCUCCCAGAACUCUGUUCAUGAGCCUGACUUUCUCCGUGAGCUUGCCCUCAGGACCCAUGAGCCUUUGGAGGAGGAGGAGGAAGAGGACGAAGAAGAGGAGGACGUGGGGCAAGAGGAUGCCAACAUCUGGUUUGUUCAGCCCUGAGUAGUAGGCAUGGCAGAUAUCUCAUAAGCUUGAUGUCUAUGUCCAGUCAGGAGGUAGAGUCAAAGUCCCAGGUUAAAAUUGGGUGUGUAACACCUGUUUUUAACGGGAUGGCCCUUCAAGACACUCUCAAGAGGAGAAGGGGGUCACAGAAGCGUCUGAAGAAUUAUUGGAGGCGAGUGAGGAUCACAACAAAGUGCCAAGGAUUACUCCAUUAAGCCCACCAUAAACAGCUCAAACACACUAAUCAGAUCCCAUCAUCUCAUCCUCACUCGCGUCCUCCUCUGGUUCCAAAAACCUGCUGCAACUCUGUGCCAGAAUUUCAGUGCUCAUCUUUUUGAAAGGAUCAUUUUAUAUUGUACAUGUAAGGUGUUGUACAAUGAAUCAAAAACGUUUGAAUGCAUGGUAUAUGUCCCAUGCAGCACACUGUUCAUCUAAAAUGUUUGAUGCGUAUGUUAAACAUUUUCUCGCUUUGUCAGUGUGUCAUCUGUUGUGUUCAGUCAUUGCGUAAAAUUGGGCCCUCGAGUUCCAAUUUGGUACACAAUGUGCUAAGAACACUUAAAAGUAAUAGUUCACACGAAAAUGUAAAUUGUAAUGAUGUUUUUGUUAGCAGCAAUACAAUUUUAUCCCAUCCUGGAUUGUUUUACAUUGUAUAGUAGUAUAAAACUACUGGGAUAUCAAACGAUACCUUGCUAGUUAAAGGUAAGCUAUUCAAAGUUCACCAGUGCUUGACUGUGACAAUGUUUUAUACCAUACUCAUCUGUCAAUGCCUAAUAGUUUGGGCAGGAUCACAAGCUAAAACAAGAAGACAGUAAUAUUAAACUAAAUGAAUUAUUUUGGAGGUAAAAUGAAUAUACUUAUGAUCAAUAAAACUGUCACACAUAUUGAAAAACAAGGAAAAACACACGAAAAAACAACUGACUGCAGGACAAAAAUAUUCUUGAAUGUGAAAGCAUGAAUUUGUACAUUGCAUUUUAAACCCAGUUCAUUUAUAUAUAUAUAUAUAUAUAUAUAUAUAUAUAUAUAUAUAUAUAUAUAUAUAUAUAUAUAUAUAUAUAUAUAUAUAUAUACAUAUAUACACAUAAUAUAAUUUUUCUAAAUAAUCAAUAUGCUGCUCCACAGAUCAGCACCUCUCCAUAGGGUUCCUGUAGUGUGUUUAAAUUGAAGAAUGGUCCACUUGCAUUGUUUACAGGUCAGCUUGAUGGGAUGUUUUUGUUGAACUAUGCUGGUAAAGUGUAAUGAAUGAUUAAUUCAUGACUAAAUAGAUGCUAUAGCUACAGACUCUCACAGAAUUUAACACUUCCCAUUUAAACUUGCCAGUUAGGUAUAUAGGUGUAUGUACUUGUUUUGUGUUCAAUGUGGAUUUUUAUAUUGUUUAAUUUAUUGUACAUUAUUACUACUUUUGAUGAUUGCAUUCCAUGUACAAAUCUCAGGAAAAAAAAGACCAGAUAUAUAUUUUUGUGACAUCUAACAGCUGGCAAAUAUUAAAGCAUCUGAUACUUAAAUGUUACUUAAGGACAGCUGGAGUGACUCUUUUGGAAACCAAAACUGAAUGAAAUGGCUAACAUUAAGAAUUAACUGCACCUUUACUGGGAAAACUCCCAAAAUAAAACAUUUUAACAGCAA